AUGAAAGAUUCCACGAUGAUAUCGAAGAGCUCCAAAGUGAAUGGUCUCGGCUCAAAAGCGCCCACCACCAGAUCGGCCCUAGCGGAGCUGGCAGAGCCGCUGGUGUCGGUUCCCCCAGAUGGAGGCUGGGGCUGGGCAGUGAUGGUCGCCGUCACGUUUGUCAUGUUCUGCGUCGAUGGUCUCGGCUACUGCUUCUCCAUCUUCUUCGAAGAAAUGAUGCGCGACUUCCACUGCGAGCUGACCGACAUCGCUUUGCUAUCGGCUCUGUCCGGCGGGUUCUACUAUCUCUUCGGACCAUUAACGUGUUCGAUCGUGAACCGGUUCGGGUUCCAAGUGGUGGCCGUGUUUGGAGGCGCUCUUUUGGCCGGGGUCUAUCUGCUGGCCUCUUUCACCACUUCGCUGCCUCUCUUCUUGACUCUGGUCGGGCUGAUGGGAGGCUGCGGGUUCAACUUGAUCUACACAGCUUCGCUGGUUUCCAUCGGGUUCUACUUUGAACGCUGGCGCGCCUUAGCGAUGGCUGUCACCUGCUGCGGAUCUUCGCUCGGAGUGGUGGUUUUCCCAGCUCUCAUGGUCCAGUUCUUCAGCGAUUGGUCCUGGAGGAGCGUAUUCCGAAUGGUGGCUGGUGUGUUCGCAGUCUGCGCCGUGGUCGGCCUGGUCUUGAAGCCAAUCAAAGCCGUCCGAGUGGAGCGCACCGUCCAAUUCGGCCAGGUCUCCCAAAGGACGUCCAUGUGUGGGUCGCGUUUAGUGUUCCAUUCUAGGACACUCACCUAAUCACCUAAUAAUUUCUGUUCAAUUUAAUUCGAUUUUAAAGACACCUUGAGCACCGAAUCGGAGCUGAGGUUUGGCACCGGGCUGGCGGCAGUGUUCCGCC